UUUUCAGCUUUAAUAGCUUUAAUUUACACAGCAGCACAAUAAGCCUCUUCAUGUUCCAUGUCAUCUUCAUUUAACGGUUGAUUAGAUAUGAAAGAAGCGGUUUGAGAUUUAACGCUAUGAAUCUCAAAGUGUUCUCCCUGUCUCCGCUUUCCUGCAGCUGAGGUGAAGAUGGUGGAUCGGCUAGCCAACAGCGAGGCCAACUCCAAGCGCAUCGCGGUGGUGGAGGGCUGCUUCGGAGCCGCCGGCCAGCCGCUCGUCAUCCCCGGCCGCGUGCUGAUCGGCGAGGGCGUCCUCACCAAACUGUGCCGCAAGAAGCCCAAAGCGCGGCAGUUCUUCCUCUUUAACGACAUCCUGGUCUACGGCAACAUCGUGAUCCAGAAGAAGAAGUACAACAAGCAGCACAUCAUCCCGCUAGAGAGCGUCACCAUCGCCACGGUGCCCGACGAGGGCGACCUGCGCAACGGCUGGCUCAUCAAGACCCCCACCAAGUCCUUCGCUGUCUACGCCGCCACCGCCACCGAGAAGUCCGAGUGGAUGAACCACAUCGGGAAGUGCGUGGAGGACCUGCUGCAGAAGAGCGGCAAGGCGCCGACGGGCGAGCACGCCGCCGUGUGGGUGCCCGACUCGGAGGCCACGGUGUGCAUGCGCUGCCAGAAGGUGAAGUUCACGCCGGUCAGCCGGCGCCACCACUGCAGGAAGUGCGGCUUCGUGGUGUGCGGGCCGUGCUCGGAGAAGAAGCACCUGCUGCCCAGCCAGUCGUCCAAACCCGUCCGCGUCUGCGAGUUCUGCUUCCUGCAGCUGACGUCGGGGGGGCUGGCGCCGCACUCGGACUCCUUCAGCCGGCUGGGGUCAAAGUUCAACAACCUGUCGGACGACGACGACGAAGACGACAGCAGCGACUGAGGUCCUCCCCCCCUCUACGCUCUACACCUGUUUCCUUCUCCUCGCGGAGGAUUUAUUCAUCUAUUCACGUCAAAACCAAAAAAUAUUUCACUUCUUCCUCUAAUCGCAGCAUCACGAUGUUUCCUGAAACAAUGAAAUGUGGAAUGAACUGGUCGACCAGCAGAACUCUUCUGACUCCUGAUUGGGCUGCAAUUAGUCACUACAGAACACAAUGGUGCUAAUGAGAAAACACACCUCUUCCUCUUCCUCUUCCUCCGGACCUACACAGGGUGAUUGCUUGUUAUUUCUGCGGGGAAAAAGCAAAUGUUUGACCUUUUUAUCUCUUCUGUCCUUCCGGUGUUUUUUAUUUGUUUUGUAGAAGUCGGUAUUUUUCUGAUCUAUUUUUGUAAAAUCGUCACCAGCAAAAAUGUCAAGAUCCCUUUUUAAUAUAAAUAACAAAAUGUAGAUAUUAUGCUAAACGCAGAGCUUUUCCUGUUGCUUCUGACAAAUCAGCUGACUCUCUUCUCAGCCCCCCCCACCCCAAAAGAAACCUAACUCUACCGUUUGCCUUUAACGUCGCGUGAGAGACAGAGAGACGGUUGGUGAAGUGCGUGAAAGUGAAGUGAAGUGAAGUGCGUUAUAGUUACAGGUUUAGUGGAGCUAAAAAAACAAUUAAAAAAAUAGUGUAAGUAGACAUUCAAAAAGGUUUUCAACCUUUUAUCCACGGUGCUAAUUAACCAAAACCUGCAGGCUGCGAUGAUGAUGAUGAUGAUGAGGAGGAGGAUGAGGAGGAGGAGUUUGAGGUAAUUUAGCAGUAGGUCACAUGGUGUAAAGAUCUCUAUAAAGUCUUCUUCCACUAAAAUGAUGAACUUCUCCUCCACAUGUUCACUGCAGACUAUUUAAGAAAAGACUGUGAUUGGUUUGUUCUUCGUCACAUGACACGCGGUGACACCGUUAACUAUUUUUUAACUCGUAGCGAAGCCGCCACGUCCUGAAAAACAAAAACACGUCGACAUUAACAGUCUGAGGGUUAAAAAUAAAGUUUCAUGUGAACGAGGAGAGAGCAGAGGACCUCCAGUGAAUGAAAAGCAAACGUCAUCACAUGAUCUAUUCUUCCAUCAUAAUGUUCCAGUCAGUGACUCCUCCCCCCUCUUGUGUCACAAAACAAACGCGCCCAUCCUCGUGCCUUGAACUCUUGCGUAAUCUCACCAACUCCAGCCAACAUGGCCGCCCCUCCGCCUCCUUUAUGCUGCAGCACUACAGCUUCUUCUCCUACACUUUCCAUGUGUUGUCAUGUGACGUGUGUGUGUCAUGCGACGUGUGUGUGUCAUGUGACGUGUGUGGGUCGUGUGAUCGCUCGCUGAUCCAGGAACUGAAGAAGGCGACUGUAGUUUCUCUUCCUGCUGACUGAAGAGUUUCAUUCCUCACAUCUCGUUCUCUUGUUUGCAUCGUUAAAGGUUACUCGAUUGAAAAGUCACAUUGGAGCAAAAACCUGAAUUAGCAAAUAGUUCAUUUAGUGAUUAUUAUUUUUUCUUCUCGGACCAAAACAACGGAUUAUUUGCUGUUUAACUGUUUAAGAUUCAUCGUGUGACACAAAAUGAAAUCUGCAGUAUUUUCAUCCCAAAAGUGUAAAAUAAUAAUCUGCUUAGAAGAGUAAAAAUUAUUGAUUUGACGCCAAAUCAACCUGUGAAGGUGAUUGAUACAUUUUCGGGUGAACUGUCUCUUUAAGUGUCGUUUAAGUCAUGAAUAUUAAUUCACAUCGUUCUCAGGAUGUUUGAUGUUGAUUAUUUUAAUCUCACGUUUCAGUGUCGAUGUUUGGAAUGAAACUCUUCUGAGGUGAUCUGGAAUAUAAGAUACGAUUAUUCUCUUCUCUUGGUAACAGACAACAUGUACAGUAAACAAAUCAACUGUAAGAUAAGAGCACACUGUGGAGGCUCAUCAUCAAACAUCUGCAGCUCCAGAUGUUUCUCUACGGUUUUUGACCGUGAACUGUAAAAGGGAUCGUUUUCUUUUCUUUAAUCUUUUUAGUUUUAUAGAUUUAAUAUUGAUGAAAACAAAAAAACACAAGAUCACUAACCAGCUGUCCUUUAUACUGACGACGACGAUGAUGAUGAAGGAUUGCACUUAACAAAGUUGACACAAUGACUUUAAUUGAGUUUUUACUGGCGGAGCUCUGGUGGAUGUUUUUAACACAAAUCUUCAUCUUUUAAUCUUUCUUUUUUGUCAGGUUUUGGGUUUAAUUAGUGUUUGUUGUACAGUUAUGAUCAGAUCUUCCUCCUGUCACAUCAGCAGCUAAAAGCAUUAUAUUUUUUAUUUUGUUCCUUUAAUGGAGGUCAGCUGAUGUUCGAUUUGUUAAAUAAACUGGAGGAAUCACAGUUAGACUAAAGACUAAAUCAGUUGUUUUUCUUUCUGGAGCUCAGACUCAGAAACACAGAAUUAAUAAUUAAAGUAAAACAAGAAAAAGCUUCAAACACACAGAUUCACUGUCGUGGUUUACGGAUUUAACUACAGUUCAUGUGGCCGACUUUUUUGAGAGCCUGUGAACGCAUCGUUCGUCUGCUUCAAUCUGAAACGGAAAGAAAAACAUUUUAUGUUUAUUUAAUCUGAACAUGUUUAGUUGAACUGAUUUGUAGAUUUAAAGACUUUUUGAACGAAGCUGAUUUGUAUCAACUUGCUUUUUGACUUUCUCGACGUGUAGAAUUAUCUUUUCAAUUCUCACUGUUGACGUCAUAUUUCUUUCUUUAAUAAAGUCGUUCUUCACUUCUCUGUAGCGAAGAACGACGGUGGUUCCUUUAGCCCCGCCCCCUCGGUCCAGGACCUGAAUAUUUAAAUACGGGAUCUUCUUUUGUUUUUUAGUGGGAAGUUGAUUCACCUCAACAAUGUAAUUAUCCUCAAUCUAAGUCGAUGUAAGUCAAUGGGUAAAGGUCUCUUUGGGCCGUGAUGACAUCACGUGACGGACCAGGAAGUUGUAAUAAUGUGAAAUUAGCCUGGAGGCCACAAAGAGGGGAACCAUUUAUUUCACUAUUAUUUUCAUGCAUAAGUGACACGAUGACAGAAUGUACGACUAUGUUAGUCAAACACUUUCUUCACUAAAACAUCUAAAAGAUAGAAUCCCACCUGAUGGAAGUCUGUGGUCUAAAUUAGAGUAAGUUAAAGGGUCUUGAGCUUCAUCACAUCCGUCUCCAUUUUCAGAAAUAUUAAGAAAGAAAUGACAACUAAUGGAAGUCAACGGCAUGAAAACAACGGAGGCGACCAAUGUGAUUUGUUGACGCUGAACUUCUUCGUCUUGGAUAAACUCAAAGGUCCACUUACUUCCUGUUUUUCCUCUGCUUGUUGAAAACUCCAGAAGAAGAAGAAGAGACUUUGUAUUGUGACGGCUGAAGAAGAGGUCAUCCAGUGUUUUGGGGUUUUGUUGAUUUGUUUUUAAUUUAAAUGUUUUCUCUUUGUUGCCGUUUGACGGCGUCUUUUCUUUUUCUUAUUUCUUAUUUUCAUUUUUAAUUCUUUUGAAAAGAUUCUAAACAAAAAGGGCUUCAAUCAGAAUGUAACGCAGCAGAUCAUUGUUUGAUACUAAUUCCUUCAGAGAUCUUUGAAGUAUAUAUAUUAUAUAUAUAUAUAAAUAUUGUUUUGCUUAAAGAA